AAGGCAUGCAUAUCAUACAGUGCUCGUACCGGGUUUUGGGUGUUUUGGUGAAGCUCUGCACAGGCAGGGGGAUAAUGACGGUACGUCUGAUUUUCCUACGAAGAUACACAUAUAAUAUUCUGAACCUAUUUCUAUAAGGCUAUGCAACUCGAUCGCCUCUUGCUCGCAAGAGCUCAAUCUGAAAACCCCUCUUAUCCUUGGUCCUCUCCCACGAUCGGGGUCCUCCCAGAUUUCUCGGGAUCCUGCCCCUGUUGCCAAGUCGAGACUCUCCCCAUUCCUUGGCCUUCCCACUGUCCCUCACUUCCACGCCAUCUAUCGGCCGAACAAUUCUUUGAUAUAAUACCGGUUUGUGUUGGAUCUGUGCAUAGGACUCUGAGAGGUGCAGAUGGGGAAAAAGUCGUCGGGCCGAUUGUCUUUGAGCCCCAAGUUCUGGCUGUGCACGCAGAUCAUAUGCCAGACCCCUUAAAAAACUGUGGAAUGGGGAAGAAAGAUGAUGGGCUGUCAAAAUCCUACAGGCACGUUAGACGAAUACCAAGAUAUCGGUAUCAACCUCCGGGUGAAUCUCCGCUGUAACGUCCUUGCUCAAUCAGUACUGCAGUCUGCGAUAUGGUAGGG